AUGGGAACAGAGGAGAAGAGAUCGGAAGGUCUCACGAAGAGGUUCGAUGGGGAGAGCAACACCGCUUCCAAGGACUAUGAGCGCUGGAAGAGGUGGUGUAGGGCCUACCUUGUCGUGCAAAAGGCCAAGGGCAUUCCGGCAGAGGCCCAUGGCAGUUUGGUCUUCGCCCUCCUGGACGGUACGGCACUUCGUGCUUUGGACACGAUUGCCAUGGACAGGAUCGAGGUGGCCGGAGGCGAAGAUGUCAUCUUUCAGGUGUUGGACGAACGGUUCCCGGCUGAGGCGUCGCACGAUCGCCUUGGGAAGGUACUGGAUCAGAUCUUCGACCUGAAGGUGGACAAGGGCGAGUCAACAGCUAUCUACACGGGGAAGGCCCGUGCAGCCUUUGCCGCCGCCGAGGCGGAAGGGGUUUCCAUGCCGGACGUGGCCAAGGGAUACUUGAUGUUGAGAUUCGCUCGAUUGAGCCCUGAGAGAAAGGCGGUGGUGCUAGCGGCUGCCCGGCAGUCGUAUAAGGAGCAGGACAUCGCUGCAGCUCUUCGCACAACCUACCCCGACAACCUGUACCAGGCCGCGAAGCAGACAGCCACCUACCGGGUAGAUCCUGAGGAGCCCAUGGAGGAAAUCGAGAACCCUUCAGAGGAGGAUGCCUUCGACACCUUCUUGGCGGAGGCCGGCUAUGCUACAGAUGAUGAAGUCGAGGAACAAGACGCCGUUGAUGCCUUGCUGACAUGGAAGCAGACUCGAGCGGGCAUCAACCAGACCAAGAUGUCGAGGGGCUUCGGAAAUGCAGGACAAGCCCCAGGUCGAGAUUUCAAGAAACUUGAGAGCCGUGUUCGCUGCUUCAGAUGCAAACAAGUGGGGCACUUCAGCAAAAACUGUCCCAAGAAAGGAAAAGGUGGGGGCAAGAGUUCAUCGAAGGAGGCAGGCCAGGGGUCGACGAAGGUCAACUAUGUCUUCAUGGUGUGGUCGAACGACUUCUUUGAGCCUGAGAUGACCAUCUCCCCCACAGGAUACACGGUUCAGGAGACCCUGGAGGAUGGCACUACCCUCACCCGGCACUAUCCACCACCGUCCCAGGAGUACGGACGCCCGCUGACAGGCCAAGAGAUGCAGGCCUUGGUGACGGGGUGGGAAUACAGCCCACGGGACUUCUGGCACGUGCAAGGCAAUCGGGUGAUUCGAGAACAUCUACUUCCUCGGCGACAGCUGUUCACACCGGCGGCAUCGGGAUGCCCAGUUCCUUUGGGAGAGCUCUGUGAGACUCGGACCACAAGGGCGGUCAAGAACAAUGGAGAAACUUCAGUGCUGUUUUCCCACAACUGGAAACAUCGUGGAGAAGCUCAUCGGAAGUUGGACUUCGAGUGGUCGGGGCAGACGAUCUUCUACCUGAGGGAAGCCGAGAUUGGGCCUACUGAUGAAGAGCUGGCUCAAUUGGUGAUCUCAUACAAGGAUGAGCUGGACCUCGCCCAGGAAGAGCUCCUUCGAACUCCAGAAGAUAGUACGGAGUCCGAGGAGGAUGAGACACUGGUGGCUCUGGUGCACUCGCCCGGGCAUGGAGUGGUGGACACUGGAUGUGGUCGAGGCCUGAUUGGAGAGGACACGCUGAAGAGACACGAAGCGGUCUUGGCUGAGUAUGACCUGGCCGUGAAGGAGCUUCCCCACAAGCCGCAUGCUUUUCGAUAUGGGAAUGGAGCGGCCGACCGAUCGUUCAGGACCGUGCAGAUUCCCAUCUUCCUGGCAGGUGUGAAGAUGUGGCUGAGGAUGCAUGUUGUCCCGGGACAAGUGCCGCUGCUCUUAUCCAAAAGAUUCCUGAAAGCGCUUGGAGCAGUAAUGGAUCUGCAGCAAGGAGAGCUCCUGCUCAAGAAGGCCCACUUGACCGUGCCGUUGAUGGAACAGCGAGAUGGGAGCUACCAGAUCAAUCUGCUCGAUAUGAAGCAACCGGCAAAGGUCCGAGACAUGGAGAUUGAGGUGAUGCACACUCAGGAGCUGUGGGGUCAGUGUGAGCUGACCGAAGAAGAACGCUCUUUCUCGCCAGAUCCUUUGUGGUCACCAAUGGAGGACGGAGAGGAAGUCGAGAUGGAGGGCACCAUCAACAUGUCGGACGACCACGAAGAGACGAUCAGGGACGUCGAGAAUGAGCACCAACUCGGGGAGGAAGAGGACCUCCCAGAGGAACAGCCGUGUCUCCAGCUCGAUCAGGAGCAAGAAGAAGAAGAAGAGCGCUAUGAAGUGGAGUCCGAGGAGGCCGAGCAGGACAAUCGAACCGGAAGUCAGCCGGCAGAAGAACCCGAAGGAGAGCUGUCGGAUGAUGAUGACGAAGGAGGAGAAGUACAUGUCAUGAAGGCACAUGAGCGAAAGGCACUGCAGAACAAGAUGAGUCAGGUCUGCCGGACCGUGAUGGAUGUCGAUGCCUGGCCGGCCUGUGUGGAAAUCUUCUGCCCUGGCCGCUUUGGAGAGAAGGCAGCUGCGUUCGGAGUGAGAGGAGCCAAGACCUUCGACUUGAGCACCGGCUGGGAUUGGAAGAAGGCCGAUGACCGGAAGGCUGUAUGGGACUAUUUGGAGACCCAGGACCCGGACCUGACGAUCAUGAGCCCGCCAUGUGGGCCCUUGUCUAUGCUCCAGAACUCAACCCCACCGUGGCGACGCAAAGAUUUGGAGCAGUUCAACAGGGAGAAGGUUGAGGCAAAGGCUAUGAUCGCUUGGUGUGCCCGGAUUGCCAGGGACAGGAUGAGGAAGGGCCGGAUCUUCGUCUUCGAGUCAUCGAAAACGAGUGGCGCCUGGCGAGAACGAGGCAUCCAGGAUCUGAUGGGAUAUGACGAAUGCCAUCGGGUGGAUGUUCCAGCAUGUUCGGUGGGUUUGAGAGAUCGAGAGUCCCGGAAGCUCUUCGGCAAGGAGUGGGGCUUCUUGACCAAUGGCCCGGGAAUUGUGGCUAUGCUGGGACGACUGCGAUGCACUGGAGACCAUGAACAUCAAGUGGUGGAAGGCCGGUCCGGUGGUCAAUUGAGGUCCAUUCAGACACAGAUAUACCCCCCGAAGCUCAUCAACAUGAUCCUAGGAGGAUUCGCCUGUUCAGAGAAGUAUGAGCCGUUAUGCUGCCCAAUUAGUCAAGCUGACGUUCAACUGGAGGGGUCAGAAGUUUCCAAACAGUCAAGGGAAAGAGUUCACAACGCGGUGCGAAAGAUGCAUGUGAACUUAGGGCACGCAUCCAUGGAGGACAUGCUUCGUAUCCUCAAACAUCACGGGGCUCGGUCGGAGGUGCUGGAGCUCGUGAAGAGCUUCCAAUGUGAUGUCUGUGAGGCCCGUAGGCAGCCAAAGGCCGUCAAGGACAGCACCGUGCCGAAGGAUCUGUCUCCCCUCCGUUACAUUGGGUUGGGUGUCAAAUGGUUACCCACCUGGAAAAAGGACAUGCAGUUCAAGGCACUGAACAUUGUUUGCCGAGCUUCGGGUUUACAACAAGUCUACCCAUUCAAGGAGACAGAGACAUCCGAGCUGCUGGUGCGUCUCUAUAGGAAUUGGACUCGAGCCUAUGGUCGACCACGAUACGUCAAGUUUGAUGCAAGUCGAUGUAAUCUUGGACAACCCUUCCUAGAUGCCCUCGAGAGAGAUGGGACUGUUCCGUUGGAUGUUCCAGGUGAAGCGCAUGAACAGAUGGGGGACGUGGAAGUACAGGGUAGACAUUUCGCACAGAUGCUGACUAAGGUGGGACAUUCCAAAUCUACUCAGAAGAACUUCAUUGACAUCACAAAAGAUGACUUUCCACCAGGUGAUUUGUUUCCUGACUCUGGAAUGCAGACAGCUGAGCCCGAAGUGGCAGAGAGAGCGGCGGCUCCAGAACAGGCCGACAUGCCAAAUCCUCCACCCUCGCAGCGGGGAAGUGAACCCAUGACAAUCUCAUCUUCGUUAACAGAUCAACUGAAUCAGAUGUCGGAGGAGGAGUUGACAGCAUGGCGAGAAUCAGCCAAUCGUGCUGAUCGGCUGGAUGGUCAUCGAAGACCAGGGGGUUCGGAGCCGGAGCCGAAGCGACCUCGACAAGGGCAACUCGUGGGAGGACAACAGUACCCACAGCGGCAAAACUCAAUCCCCGACAAUAUCAUCAAAUGGACGGUACACAGUUCUGCAAGCUAUAGCAAGCAACAGGUGUGGUUGGUCCAAGACCUACCGAUCAACAACAAGAUGGUGAAGAUCUCAGCCAAGGGCUUCACCGAGCAUGAGGUCAGGGCUUUGUUCGAGAACAUGGUGUCACGCCAUGCCAAGACCAGUGAGGAGUUCUUGGCUCACAUGACACAGAGCCGGACGAUGUGCAAAGCCAAACUACCCCUUCAGAUGGUGAACUCCAAAACCUUUCGGGGAGAGACAAGCCUCGUCACGUUCACCUACACGAAGACCACACAGAUGAUUGCGGUGCAGGCUGGGGCAGCCUACUUGGAUUCGAUCGAAGACACCAUGACCGAUGUCAUCGAAAAAUAUGGAGCCAUGUUGAAGGCCAAUGAGAUUCUUCCAAUGAGAGAGGGCACAGGCGAAUGGUCCGAAGCAUUUCGUGCAGUGCUGCAUGAGGGAGCUCACUCGCAAUUUCUUGAAAAAGAUGAGAGUGAGAAGAAAGCAGUGCCAACAACUCCGUUGACGGAAACCAGUCAAGCGCUGACGCCAGAUGAUCCACCUUUCGUGGCAGCAGUGGCCGAGCUAUGCCAUGAGGCGAGUCGAAAGCUCUACGACUACCCAGCUUGGAAGCAGAAGUUCUUGCAGCUGAUGUGCCGUGACUUUGGGGCUGACCCGCAGAUGGUGAUCGAGUUGAGCGGACUGACUGAGCGUUUCAAUAUGUCAACAGAUGAUGAAGAAGGCUGGUCA